GCAUCCGCGCUGAACGGACGUGUCUCCUGUAGAGCUCCGCUGGAACAUUUUUUGCGAAACUUCGUAAAGGUUUCUCUCACAAGUAAAUGGCUUAGUGUUUGCGGAUGGAGUUUUUGGUGUACCCGAGUGCUAUGAUGGCUGGUGUUUUAUGAAUUUAUGAUGUGAAGUAAUAAGUGAACGUUCCCGAGUGUGUUGAGAUCGUUUAGUUCCUCUCAAGAUGACUGUUCUUCUCGUCUUCGGACUUUUUAUCGUGAUAGUGACAGCGCACAACAUCACGUACCUGGAGGUGCCGCAGUACGGCGACCCGCGGCGCGACGCUGCGCUGGUGUGCCACUACGUGAGCGAGCGGGGCGACCCGCCGCUGCACUCCGUCAAGUGGUACCGCGACAACAACGAGAUCUUCCGCUUCACGCCUGGCCAGCAGCCGCCGACGCGCGCCUUCAACAGCUCAGCGGGCGGCGUGUCGAGCGGCGUCUGCAACGAGCACAGCUGUGCCGUCAGCGUGGCUCUGCCGCGCAAGUUCAACACGCGCAUCUCCUUCACGUGCGAGGUGUCCACCGAGGGGCCGCGCUUCGCUGUCGUCAACCAGACCAAGUACCUGACUGUGGCCGUGACUCUGAAGGAAGACCCGGUGAUCACGGGCGCGUCCGGCACGGUGCAGGUGGGCGAGGAUGUUCUGCUCAACUGCUCCACGAAGGCCGCCAUGCCGCCCGCCAACAUCGUGUGGUACGUCGAUGGAAAACCUGAGAGGUCGGACCCCUGGAUGAGCGACAACACCGAGGUGUCCCCGGCCGACGAGCACGGGCUGCGCUCGAGCUGGCGCGCGCUGCGGGUGCGCGUGGGCGCGGGGCGGGCGCUGCUGGAGGUGCGCUGCGAGGCCACGCAGCCCAGCAAGCCGCCCUACACGCGCUCCACCAGCACCGGCCUCAUGGUCGCGCGCUCGCCCCAUCUGUCGAUGUACACUGCGUCUGGCUCGAGUUCAACGGAGGCAGCGGUGGUGCUGGCGGGGAGUAUCACAGUUCAUAUGUUUUUUACAUACAGUGCCUUGAGUAAACUCUAAGCGUGGGUAGGUUGGUAAUUGUAUAAACGAUAGCAAGUAGGUAGAUCAAAACUUUUCACCCACUCUUCUCACUGUGUAACGCUUUAUGUACACGCAACGAUAGUUUGACGAUACCUACACUGAGUAGUCGUUAACGGCAUAAAAUCAAACAAACAUUGAAUCGGAAUAGGAUGGCAAAGCUACCCGUAUAAAUAACAGAGAGUUAGAGACAAAUGAUAAUAUAAGAACUGCGUCACAUUUCCCAGUUUCAGUGUGCCACUUCUAGGUUGUAUGUAUAAUCUAAUAUUUACAUUUUAAACCCUGAAAUAAGUAAGGUGAUCAGAAGAAAUACAAUGAGACAAAUCCCUUAUGAAUAAUUUUAUAUUAUAUAAUAAUUAGCUAAAAUAUUGUUCAAACAAUAACUACAAUACACGAUAUAACAAUGAGCACUCACAAUGUCUAUAAGAUAAAGUACACAGCCGAGGUCUUGAUUAAAGUAAAUCGCUACAUAAUACAGUCGUAGCGCUUUUAAAAAAGAACCAGAUUUAACGACGACAUUUGCUUAUUUAAAACAUAAUUAAAUGACAGCGUUGAGAUUCCUCUUCCCUCUGUAUAAAUCUUUUAUCUUUAUUAUCUUGAAAGGCUUCGCUACGGCUACGGCUGCUGGAGACAAAGAGACACUUUUAUAAUCAACUCAAAUCAUUGUGUACUUUUGGAAGGCGUUUUUGGUUGCUAAUUUUCAACUAACAAAGAGUUAUGCAAAUUAAGAAAUAAUAUAAUUAAAACAUUUGUCGGGUUAUACUGAAAAAGAUUAAUUUGCUACUUCUUUGUUUGCUAACUAUGAUCAAUAUAAGAAUUUACAUUUUGGAAAAAUUUAAAUCAAGUUUUGCCGCAACCGGCAAAAUAUAAAUUAUUAAAACACAAUGAAUGUACGCAGCGUUAUUUAUAGGAGUUUUAUUACGAAUAAUGAUUAGUUUAUUUAUUUUGACUUCGUUAUAUUUAUUAUUUUUACCCAUACUAGAUUUUUUUUAAUAUAAAAUAAAAACAAAUUACUUACGUUAUCAUACUAUUUGCGUAAUGAAAAACUUUGUUUGGAAGUGAAAAGCGUGGGUGGAAAAAUCAAAGUCGUAUAAAAAAUAAUAUUAUAUUAUUGUAUAAUUGAAAAGAUAAAUUCUAUAAAUAUAGCCAGCACUGAAUUUCGAUGUUUUCUUACACGUAAAGUUUGUAAUUAUAUUUACAUAUGUUGUGCGAGCGGAGGUUGACAAAAUUAAAUAUCUGUAAAAUAAACUAAUUCGUAAUAUAAAUGUUGUUUCAUACGAUUUAUUAUCUACGUUGUCGUGGGUUUUCUCUCAAACUAAUUCAUACAAUUCCAAUGUGAACAGUACAUGUUUCAUUUUAUGUUUUCUUCUUUUUUGUGUCAUUUAUAACAAAAGGGUCGUUGUUAUCAAGUUUAUAGACCUGUAUGAUUUUUAAAUGAUUUCCUUU